CGCGUCGAGAGCUACAGCUCCGCCAUAUUGCAGGAAAUCCUUCUGAGGUUUAGAGAUUAGCGUUUAAUCUGAGGAGCUGGGAACGAGAGUGUGAUUGGAAGUUACUGCCAGCCAUAUGGUUAGCUCCAGUGGGCGGGUAGAUCGCGCAAUCUCUGUUGUCACACGACAGGACAUAUGUUUAUUAAGACAAAUCGGGGCAGUUCGGCACGUUAUUAUUAUGCCGAACUCUCUUAUGAGUGUGUAGCUAAACUGACGAGUUGACAUUCUGACUCUGGAAAGUGGAAAAUCGGAUUAACGUUCAAGAUUGCGCACCAAACCCUAAUCAUCUUGUGUCGCUGGCUCCCGUUGCUACGAGCCCAAGAUAUCUGAUAGAGAAAGGCUGAUAGCUAGUUAGGUCAAUGUCAGCAGGAAAACACCAAGACCGGGCUCGCGACGAUCGGUGAUUGUAUUUCUGUCAGCGAGGAGAAGCGAUCGAGUCGGUGUCUGCUGGCGAUGUUAUUAUGCUGCCCCGUGACCCAUGUAACCAACUGUUGUUCAGUGUUGACUAAAUUAGCUGUGUUAAAGCGUUAAAACUGCCCGCUUGUCUGAAUUUGAACAGUUCUCGGACCCUUCGGAGUCGCUGGCCACUUUGCUAUCUCUUCUUGCUCGGACUGGCACCAGCAAACACGGAGAAUAUCUUUGUUCUUUUACUGGCUGAUAAAUCCUGACUGAACUGUGAGAAGAUGUCUUCUAAAGAGCCGAAAGAAAAGCUGUCCACCACUGAGCGAAUCAUUAAAACAGUGCCACUGCCCCCUCACCAGCGGCUGACAAUGAAGGACCUAUUUGUGGAUGGCAAGCCCAAUGCCGAGGUACUGAAGAACCAUUUGAUCAAAGAGGGACGUGUGGAGGAGGAAGUUGCGCUGCGUGUCAUAAACGACGGUGCCAACAUCCUAAGGCAGGAGAAGUGCAUGCUAGAAGUGGAGGCACCAAUCACUGUAUGUGGUGAUGUUCACGGACAGUUCUUCGACCUCAUGAAGCUCUUCGAAGUUGGUGGUUCCCCUGACAACACGCGCUAUCUGUUCCUGGGCGAUUAUGUAGAUAGAGGAUACUUCAGUAUUGAGUGUGUGCUGUUCCUGUGGACACUGAAGAUCAACCACCCCAACACCCUCUUUCUCCUCAGAGGCAACCACGAGUGUCGGCACCUCACAGAAUACUUCACCUUCAAACAGGAAUGUAAAAUAAAGUAUUCAGAGAGGGUUUAUGACGCAUGUAUGGAGGCCUUUGACUGCUUGCCUCUUGCAGCUCUUCUAAACCAGCAGUUUCUCUGCGUACACGGUGGCCUCUCACCAGAAAUCAACUGCUUAGAUGACAUUAGGAAAUUAGACAGGUUUAAGGAGCCCCCGGCAUUUGGGCCUAUGUGUGAUUUGAUCUGGGCCGACCCGGGAGAGGACUACGGCAGUGAGAAGACGGCAGAGCACUUUAACCACAACUCAGUCAGAGGCUGCUCCUAUUUUUUCAGUUAUGCAGCAGUCUGUGACUUUUUGACAAACAAUAACCUUUUGUCAGUAAUUAGAGCUCAUGAAGCACAAGACGCAGGGUACAGGAUGUACAGAAAAAGUCAGACGACAGGCUUCCCUUCAUUAAUUACCAUUUUCUCAGCACCAAACUACCUAGACGUCUAUAACAACAAAGCGGCUGUAUUGAAAUAUGAAAACAACGUCAUGAAUAUUAGACAGUUCAACUGCUCUCCUCACCCGUACUGGUUACCCAACUUUAUGGAUGUGUUUACAUGGUCGCUGCCCUUUGUGGGCGAGAAAGUGACUGAGAUGUUGGUGAAUGUCCUAAAUAUCUGCUCAGAUGAUGAACUCAUGUCAGAGGGAGAUGACUUAUGUGAAGGUGGAACUCCAGCUGUCCGUAAGGAGGUGAUCAGAAAUAAGAUCCGUGCCAUUGGGAAAAUGGCCAGAGUCUUUUCUGUGCUCAGGGAAGAGAGCGAGAGUGUACUGACCCUCAAAGGGCUCACCCCAACCGGAACGCUACCUCUCGGAGUGUUGUCUGGAGGCAAGCAGACUUUACAGAAUGCCACCAUAGAAGCAAAGGAGGGUCGAGCCAUCCAAGGCUUCUCUCCUACACGGAAAAUUCGCAACUUCGAAGAAGCUCGUGGCCUGGACCGAAUAAACGAACGGAUGCCUCCUCGGAAGGACGGCCAGCAACCUGACGGUACCACAGUUAACGCUGCCAAUGAGAAAAACGGCACUGACGGGAAUGUGUAAGGGGAGAUUUUGCACUUUUCCUCUCCUCCAUAGCAUUUUCUCUUUCUCUGCCACGUUUUCCACGAGACAGACCCCUCAACUGCCUGGGAUGUGGAGAGGAAUCAUUCCACAAACAGAGAGAGAAAUCACUUACAACUAAGUACAAACAUGAGAUUUUAUUUAUUAAAUGAAAUGUAUUAGAUGUACUUGAUAGCAACAAUUUAAAGAUGAGUGAACAUUUGAAAGUUUGCAAAAUACAGGUAUACAGUCACAUACAUGCGUCAACCUUUAAACUGCAACUACAGUUUUGUAACUCGAAGACAGAUAUGGGUUUAAGAUGCUGUACAGAUCAGGAGAUCUAGUUAAUCCUGUUUUAUAAUAUUGUAUGUCACAAUGUAUUUGGCAAGGGAUGGUUUGACUGAAUAUACUGAUGUAUGUUAUCAAUAAAUAUGUCUGUAAGGGAUAUGUUAAGACAAAACAAACCUAAGGGAAAUAAGUUAUAAGUUCAUUGAAAAAUAUUUUAUAGCUACUUAAAUGUUAUUCAGUUUCAAGUAAUAUUCAAACUAAAUGAAAAUAUUAGCUGCUUUGGGAUCCACGUGUCUGUUUCUACAUGGAAAAACUAGCAUUUAUAUUUGUUUUUUCCUAAUACAGCACUUGAAUCUUGCCAGAUGACACACCACAUGUAAGUAGGCAUAACCUCGAUCUUAAAUAGAAGUUGUUUGAUUCUACUUGUGUGAGUGAAAAAAGAAAUAACAAAGCAUGUCUUAUGAAAGCACUGUCACAAUCACAUAACGUAACUUCUGCAUCUGUACUGGAAGUUAUUUUGGUCUUUUUAGAGCUAUCGUUUAACACAGACUUCAAGACGAGGCUCUCUUUCCACCAUUUCUUUUCUGCCACUCUUUUUAAAAUGAUGAUAAAUGAGAUCGCAACCAGCUUUAUUUGUUACUAUAUACAGUGGAAUCUGUUAGUAUGCCUAUAAGCUCAUGUACACAUGUAACAGCCAAUGUGGGAUGUGUGAAGUUGCUUUGAUUGACUCAAAAGCCAAAGUCUUUUUUUUGUGCUGUGAUGAGUUAGCUGCCAGAGCUCUAAUCUACCCCAUUUUAGGGUAUAAUGGGGAGGUAAUUUUGCACUAAAUGCAAGCCCUUGUAAAUAGAGAACAUCUAUACGUAACUCUGAAGCAGGAAGUCUUAUUCUCUCUUUAAAGAAUGUCCUCCAGGCCAUCUUUUACUGCGAAGUAUUCAUUCUCUGCUGAGAAACUGCUCGUACAGACUAUCGAUUUCAUCCGGUUUGUGCUCAAGACAUUAACAAAGCAUGUUGAGCUUGAUAAAUGUGUCACAAACUGACUUGGUGGUUUCAGCUGUAACACUAUGUGAGGGAUUGUGGGAGGGAUUUUUUUGGCUGCUUGUUUUAACAGGUUUUGGAAAAAUUGUGGUAUGUCUCCGCCUACUGUUGAGAUACAGAACUUCAAGAGACAAUAGAGGAACAGCAUUAAGCCUUUUAAUGCAAGCUUGUUUGUUUUUUCUUUGUUUUUUAAUCGUUUUAAAAAGAGCAGCACGUUUAUCUGGUUUUAAAGCAGGUUUAAACAUGAUUUGCAAUGUUGAAUGUCUGAUGCUAUGCAUAUGAGCAACCCACCCCAUUACAGCGGGUCAUUUCUGGAAGCAUUUGAAAUGUAUGUAACAUUUUAGAUAACAGUUAAUUUUGUAAUAUGUUUUUGUGUUUUAUUUAGACCAAGUUUUUGAAGUUGUUGUUUUUGUUUUUUGUUUUUGUUUUUUUAAAUACGGAACCGGUUCUUCACAUGAGUCUGAUUUAAAAGUUAUCUUUUUCAUUCCAAAAGCAUUCAAACUAAUAAUAUGACAAAUAUGUUGUGCUCAUCUUUAGGUGUAUGAACUCGCAGCUUUUAACAGAAAUAAAUGUGAUUCCAGUGUAACCUUCUGACAUACUGCACUGAUUUGAUCCUGCAGAACACACACACACACACACACUUCAGGAAAUGCUGCAUGUCUGUGGACUCUAAAGGGAAAAUGUGCUACAUUUAUUUGCAUGUAUUUCAACUGAUACCAAUGAAAUUACUGAGAUUAAGCAGCUGAUCUGGGAUCAGUUAUGCUGUUUUCCUAUAAUGGUUUAACAGGGUGUGGGCUGGUCUUAGUAUACUGGCAAUUUGAAGUUCUAGAGAAAUGAAGAGGAAGUUGUUGAGCUUUCUGUUUGCAUUCAGCUUGAGUGUUAAAGAGCUGAAAUGUUGAGUAUUAGGCCUUCACCGGCUCAGAGACUCAAUUAAGUCCUUGAAACACAUCUGUGGGAAUGUGUAGAAAUGUUUAUGCACAAUUAUAGCAUAAUUAUAAAUACAAUAUGGGGAUUUAAAUUGAACAGUCCUUUUGUCAAGUACAUGUAAUGUGAGGCCACCUUAAAUUCUUGAUAUUAUAUAGAUGUAUCAGUUGAGAAGAUGAAUAAAAACUGAGAUACUGUGGA